GGGCGUGUCCACACAGAGGACAGAGGGGACUCCACAAUGGGAGACAGUUUCCGUGAGCAGCUGAUAGAGGACAGCGCCUUCCUCAGAGCUGACCGGAGACUGGACACAGAGCUGGCGGACAAACUUAUCCUGCAGCUCAACCGAAUCUACCCUCAGAUCCUCACAGACAAAGAGGCUACCAAGUUCAGAAACUUGGACGUCCCUACAAGUGUUCGACUGGGUGAACUCCUGACACACCUGCAGGAGAAAGGCGAGGAAGCAUGCAGGGAGUUUUACAGAGCUCUUCAUUUGCAUGUAGAGGAGGUUUACUACAGCUUACCCACACGGCUCCGCCUCAGAGAUUCCAUGGAUCCACUCGCAAUUCCUCAUGUCUACAAACAGAGAUAUGUUCUGAACGACAGAGGUCCCUUCUUCUUUCUGGGAUGUUUUGGAUUUGCAGUUGGAGUGGCUUUGCUCUAUUACUACAGUGAAGCUAAAGUGUCGGGAGGCAGCCGGGCCCUGGGGAUGGCUGCUCUCGGACUGAAAAGAAAAGCUCAGGAGGUUCUUAUAUGGUACACUGAAGAAAGCUUCAUGAAGUAAAGUGUGGCUCCUUUAUAACAGGUGCUUCAGCAAUGCUGCACCUAUGAAUUGUACCAAAGCACAGCACACUAUAUCAAGGGUUCAAUACAAAUUUUGUAUGCAUUUGGCACAUUGCUACAGUUUUCUCUCAUGUCUAUUUAAAUGGGUGAAAGGGAUGAAUACACUUCAGCCUAAAAACAGUAAAGUAUAGCAACAUUAAGUAAUUUAUUUUUGCUGCAAGUGUCUACUAAAGUAUUAUUUUACAAACACAAAUUGCACUGAUAUCAGUUGAACUGAUUGAGGCGUUCUAAACAACUAAAUAACAGGGAGAUCCAUUCUUGGCUGUAGUACGGUUCCACAAAAAUAGCCUCUAAUUAAUCAGUAUAUUUUGGUGUUGUGACUUAAAUUAGACGAUUUUGUUUCGUUUGUUGGUGGCUUCAUGUGUGUUUUUUCCAGUGAUGUUUUCAUAUAAAUUGAUUCAGGAGCAGGUUACUGUGGAUCUCAUCUUAAACAUGACCGCCACCUUGCGGCCAAAACAAGUUACAUCACCGAGACUGUAUUGUUUUCAUAGGAGCUUCUACAAAUUCAACUGCUUACAUUUAAACAGCAGCAAAAAGAGAAAUCUGUUUUUCUAUCGCUUUGUCAGAAACAACAUAGAGCACGUAGACUGAAUAAGGUUUUUAGACGGAUUCACAGUGAUAUUUGCAAUCACGUGAUUUUCUCUACCAAUGGUACUCCGCUCUCCCGGUGCACUGCAUUGUGGGUAGAGUUGUAAACAAACAAGAUAUAGAAACGUCGAAAGAAAAAACGUAAAUAGGUAUCAGCCCGGUUCAACGGAAAAUACAACAAUGGAGCAUCGUUGGAGGUAAUACUUGUAAGUACACGAGGACAUUGCACCAUGAGUCAGACCAAGUCGUAUAACUCUCUGUAUAUAUUGUGACGUGUCGCCGGUUUGUUGACGUGUUGUAUGAAAGGAGAGAAGGUUAGCACUCCCCUUGACAAGGAUGGAAUUGGCCUUUGUGGCCCGCAACACACAUAUGGUUAAGGCAUUGCCACCUACUUCGUGGCAUCUCUAACCAAGUUUUUCGUCUGUGUAACUUCCCUCAACUGUCCCUUAGUAAUUUUUUACUGCUUCUGUACAUAAGUGAAACCACAUCUCCGGUUUCCACAGUGUAGUUUAAGAACGGAACUGUUUGGCCAUGUCUUUGUUUCCGCUUAUUCCGUCAGGACGGAAAUGUUCUUGUUUCCUGUUGGCCUGUGGCAGCAUUUUGCAAACCACUGAAUACGCGGAGGAUACUGUUUGUCUUUUGUAGUGUCCUCCAGUCUCUUACUGAAAUAGCUAAACUUGGUUUUUGAAAGUCAAAAAAAAGUGCAUUUAUAUGUUUUUAAGCUCCUGCCCAUUAUUAUUUAACACUGUGUCCUACAGUUUGGAUAGUUUUUGUUCUUACUGUGCCUCUUUGGCGACUAUAUGUUGAGCUAAAUUUGUAUGAAAUGCUGUUUUGUCCACUAUUCAGUGAACAAAUUAAAUAAAUAAAAAUGGCUUUGAGAUAAAUCCUGAAAUAACUAAAUGAAGCAGUAGGAAAUAGACAUCUGGUAAAACAAAUCAAAGUAGCCCUUAAAAAAAAAUUAAAAACCCAUUUAUUUAGUGAAUGCAUUGAUUUAUAUAUUUAUUGCAUUGUUUAUUUUAAGAGCUGAUUCAUAUCCAUGUUUAUUAAUUUCCCAGAAAUAUUAGUUUGUGUUAGUUCACUUAAUUUAUAAUAUUGAAUAAAAUGCCGUUCCAUAACCAUGAAAAUAUAUAUUUUUAAAUAGCCCAUUUUUUAAAAAAAGUUUUAUUUAGGUCUACAUAAAAUAGGCUUUCAUUGAGUAUAACAGUAAUUUAAUUUGCACUAAAAUGACAAGCAGAUAUAUAAAAGUUGAUGCUAUUUUUCAGGUGGUUUGUGUGCAAUUUUAUUAAGAUGCAGAACAUAAAAAUGGGCUUCUGAACAUAACUGUCAUGAUGGUGCUCUGUUAAAUUCUCAGGAUUUUAGACGUCAAUAUUAGAGGCAUCUGAAAGAAAUUUUGCAGCUUAAAUGGCUUUGUUUAUGCCUUAUAAUUGAAAAAAGGUAAUAUUUUUCUACAAGAAAAUGUCAUUAGUUGACAUUUACUCAUUGAAUUUCUCAUAUUUUGUGUGUACUGUGUCGUGUAAAAAUACCUUUCGUUCAGAAGUGCCAUCAUUUGUAAGACAGACUUUUGUCUUUGUACAAUAAAAUAAAAUAAAAAAUGCAUGACAACAUAAAGAAA